AUGUUAUCUGGAAGGUCAGUCUUGAAGUUUCCAUUUCUCAGCCUCAGAAAGAGUGCUUCGGAAAGCAUUGUCCCCAGGGUUGCACUGUCAAUGGCUAUGCUCAAGCCCAUUAGUGUCAUAAUGCCAAAGGUCCUCAGCGACAAUCUAUAUAAGGGAGCAAUGGCACUCGCAACCUGUCCAUUUGGAGUCGGGGACAAGAUCAAAAUUGAUAAGUAUGACGGGGUUGUUAAAAACAUAAGCUUCUGGUAUGUAAUGCUGGAGAGGGGAAAGGGCUAUGUGUUUAUCCCUACAUCUCACAUGUACAACACCGUUGUUGAGCUAUUAAAAUAG